AUGUCCAUCAGUCAGGCGAGUGAACACUCCGACCGACCCACGGCUGGUAGUUUAACGAGCGGCCCUGGGGUUUCAGGCCUCAGCCUGAAUUCGGAAAUCUCUGGCAUCUCAUUGCUGCAAGGCCUGGAACGCCCGCCUUCGCCUGAUCCGACUGGAAACCUUGAACAACCGAGUGGGAAGAAGAAACGAAGCCGCCGGACUCAGAAGGAGAUGGCCGUGUAUCGUGCAGAACAGGUCCAAAUUAAGAAACUGAAGGCUCAGGAGAAGCGGGCUAAAACUCGGGGCCGUGUGGGCCAUUCACGUCGCUCAACCCAACCGUCCAUUGCCAAUACAUUGGAACCCUCGGCUCCGGCGUCAUCGCAACCAUUGGUCCCUGAUGUCAACCCUCCGUUCAAUGGCGAUGACUACGAGAAUGUAUGUGGCUAUCUUGAGGAGGAAGCCAACUACACUCGGCUCUAUGGUGAUGGUUCGAAGACGACAGUUGGGGUGACGAAGGUGACCAAGGCAGCGGCCUACGACAUUUUCGCAAUCUUCAUCAACGAUAAUUCGAGCCAUCCCCUUCGCCUCACUGGAAGCCAACUGCGACAGCGUGUCGAUGGUUACAAGAAGCGUUUUAUGAAAGCUAAGGAGUUUGCCGAGAACACUGGGGCCGGUCUGGAGGAAGGUGAUGGACUUCCCACCCUCGCCGAGGUUCUUGAAAAGAAGUGCCCGUGUUACGAGCGAAUGUAUGCGAUAUUUGGGGGGAAGGCUAAUGUGACCGCACUCGCUCAGUUUGACUCAGGAGUUGGGGCAGACCUCUAUGAUGUUACGACGAACGCUCGGGACCCUGAAGAUUUCGAUUCGUCACCGGAAGUAUUCUUUUCUGGGUGGGAAGAGUCCCAACGUGAUCGACUCCCUUCUGAGUUAAACACUCCGUCAUCGCAGGUCGAUCUUAGUGGUCUGGCAAGUGCUCUCCGUCCGGACACCGAGCGUCCCUUACCAAAUAUUAAUGCCAGUGGUGAGGUCAACGAGGACGAACUCCCCCCUCCCCUCGACUUCCGUGGGACGGCAAUGGACCCCUCGCCCAGCCUCAUGACUCAGCGGUCAAUGGCCCGUGCGACUCCCCGCCGAGAAGUAUCGGUUUCACCUACAACCACUCGGGCCAAUACUCCGGCGACAUCGGGUCCUUUGCCCCUUGGCGAUUUGACCUCCUCUCGCCGUGCCUUUGCGAACCAACGUUCAACGGACGCCAGCCCAGCUGGGCCACAUAGAGAAAUCAAUCCAAAGUCUAGAUCCACCAUGGCUUCAGCUUAUGAGAGCUCCAACACCGAGAAGUUUUCCUACCUUCAACAACACAUGGCCUGGGAGAAAGAGAAGGAAAAUAACCGCCUUGCGUGGGAGAAGGAGCGGUACCGCAAGGAGGAGGCUAAAGCGAAGAAUGGGGAGGAGGCCCGCAUGAAACUUGCAGAUAAGAAGAUGGAAGCGGCGCGGGACUUGCUUAAUCAGGGUUCGACAGCGGCAGAGGUGGAAGCCCUUCUAAAGACAAUCUAUGGGUGA